CAGUUGCGUUCGAGGAAGUGUCAGACGGCAUCAAUCUGCUACUCUUUGGACUGGGACUUCCUGUACUUUCUUAUUACUCAAGACCAAGAAGACUGAACAAGAACUUAUUUUGUUGGUGUUUUUUUGUUAAAAUUAACCUGUGAGAUUUCUGAAGAUGGAAAAAGGAUCAGCUCCACCAUACCCUGGCCCUCCCAUGGAUUAUGGCCAGCCAGUGAUGUAUGCUCCACCAACCUAUUCCACUCAACCAGGCUUCCCCGCUCCACCGGGUUUCUCCGCUCCGCCAGGCUAUCCCGUUCAACAAGGCGUCUCUGCUCCACCAUGUUUGCCCGCUCAACCAGGUUUCUCUGCUGCUCCUGCUUGUGUUGCUUUUGCUCCUGUAGUUGUUCAACCAACAGUAACUCGCGUGGCAAUAUCAACUGCUCUAUAUGACGUUCCUGGACAGGCCUUUUGUUCCCACUGCCAGGAAACUGUGAUCACCCGUACAGAGCCGGAGCCAGGAUUAUUCACCUGGCUUGUUUGUGGAGGAUUGUGCUUUGUGGGGUGCUUCCUUUGCUGCUGUAUCCCAUUCUGCCUUGAUUCCUGUAACGAUGUGAGGCAUCAUUGUCCAAGAUGCCAGCAUGUCCUCUACAUUUACAAACGGAUGUGAAACCAGUCCCACAAGGAACUGGGAAACAUUUUGGUUCUCACAUUUCUUAUGCUAGAAAUUGUGAUUCUUUUUUUAUGUCAAAUUGUAUGAAAUGGUUUUUCUGCUGAAAUUAAAACAAAAAAAGAUUUACAUCAUAA